UUCAAAUAUGUUAAUUAGUGGCUCAUCCAAGACUACUUUUAAAUGAAAGUAAAUUCAUGUUGAUGCAGGAGGUAAGAAGAAUGAAUUGAAAACCGUUAUUAUUAUCGUUGUGGCUGUGGUAAUUUCUUUAGUUAUUAUCAGCACCAUUUGCACUUGUUUAUGGAUGAGGAGGAAGGCAUUGAGAAGAAAACCAGUUUUAGAAGUUCAAGAUUGGAAGGAGAACUCGAUUACAGCACCGGAAUCACUAUUAUUUGAUUUGGACACACCUAAGGCGGCAACGGGUAAUUUUUCAGAUGCAAAUAAACUCGGACAAGGUGGUUUCGGUCCUGUUUAUAAGGGAGAGCUAUCUGAUGGAAGGGAAAUAGCAGUGAAAAGGCUUUCAAGAGCAUCAGUGCAAGGAAUAGAGGAGCUGAAAAAUGUGGUUGCGUUGGUUGCAAAACUCCAGCACAGGAACCUAGUGAGGUUGUGGGGUUGCUGUAUGGAACAGCAAGAGAAGCUGCUCGUGUAUGAAUAUGUGCCUAACACAGGCCUUGACACCUUUCUAUUUGAUCCGAUCAAACGUGUACAAUUAGACUGGGCCAGACGAUACAAGAUCAUCAGCGGGAUUGCUCGAGGCCUUCUGUAUCUUCACGAAGAUUCCCGACUCAGGAUUAUUCACCGGGAUUUGAAAGCCAGCAAUAUCUUGUUGGAUGGAAACAUGACUCCUAAAAUCGCAGACUUCGGUAUGGCAAAGAUUUUCAGUUCAGACCAAACCCAAGGCAAUACAAGCCACAUCGCUGGGACAUACGGAUACAUGGCACCGGAAUAUGCAAUGCACGGCCAGUUUUCGACUAAAUCAGAUGUAUUUAGCUUCGGUGUUUUAGUUCUAGAGAUUGUAAUUGGUCGAAAGAACAGCCCUUUCCAUGAUGCUGGACGCACAACAGACCUUCUAAGCUAUGCAUGGGAAUAUUGGACCAAAGGAGCAGCACUGGAUAUGAUGGACCAAACACUUUCGGAACAAUGCUCUAUAUGUGAGGUGUUUAGAUGCAUUCAAAUGGGAUUACUAUGCGUGCAAGAAGAUCCGACCGAAGGUCCCACCAUGUCAUCGGUUGUUCUGAUGCUCAGUAGCCAAUCUAUGACCCUCCCAGCUCCAUCACCACCGGCAUUUUUAGUUGGGAGUAAGAUGAACUCAGGUUUGAUUUCAAGAGCUUCUAAUUCAACCACAGGCGGGUCGGACCAGUAUAACCUGGCCUUCUCAUUGCCCCCUUCCCUCGAUCGAGCCUCUUCUGAUGUGAUUAGGGACCUCCAGAUACAACUACCUUCAGAAAGAAUCCCCAUACUCUCGAUAAUGCAUAUGAAUCCAGCAGCAGCUGAGGCAACCAUUUUAGCUCUUCGCCAGUCUCCUCAGUCAUAUCAGUCAUGCCAAUGCAUUCUUGGUGACUUUUGCCUCACCUUUGUUUGCAGGUUAGCUUACCUAGAUUUCACAGAUGGUGAUAGUUUCUCCAAGGCCUUGGAACUUAACAGUUCAGAACUUGGGGACUACGCCUUGAUAGUAGAGGAGGCAAGGCCAAGAAGUGACAACCGUGAAGGUGUUGGCAGGAGCGGCGGUGGUAGAGGCGGCAGAGAUAGUGGUGGCCGAUUUGGAGGCCGAUGUGGAGGCGGCCGAGGGGUCGCUUUAGUAGUGGUGGUUUUGGCGGUGGUAGGGGAUGUGGAAAUAAACCAAGCAUGGGAGCAGCUAGUAUAG